CAUCAAAUACCAAUUUUUAAGCUCAUCUCAUUUCACUUAAUUUUUUCUCAUUGAGGGGUUUUUAAAUUAUUAUACUUUCUUCUUCUAUAUAUACUCUAAGUCCUUAAAUUUAAUCUUACUCAAAAACCCAAACAAAAUCUCUCAUGACUUUUUCUUUCACUGACAUUCUUGCCAAUAACAACAACAACAACUUUAACAUGAAUAAUAACAAUAAUAUUAAUAUUAGGCAAGAAGAAAACUCUAGCUUGACCAGUUGGGGUCUUUCAGACCAAAAUGGUAAUAAUGAUUUUUCAAGUUUCAAAACCCUUCAACCAAAUCCUCUUCCUAAUCCUAAUCCUUUGUCCCCUUCUUCUUUUUUGGCUAUAACUUCAUCUGGGUUUAGCCCAACUGGUUUUCUUAACUCUCCUAUGUUUCUCUCUUCUUCUAAUGCUCUUCCAUCUCCAACAACUGGAGCUUUUACUGGUCAAACCUUUGACUGGAGGAGUAAUUCUAUUUCUAAGGAUAAACAACAACAAAUUGAAGAAGAAGAUAAAUUUUUCUCUGAUUUCUCAUUCCAAACCAGAACUGGCCCUGUUUCAAUGGAAAAGUCAAUGGAAAGACCACAACAAGAACAACAACAAGAAUGGCAAUUUGAUUUCAACAAAACCACAAACCAAAUAAGUUUGCCAAUUGAGAAAAAAGAAGUGAAAAGUGAGUACCCAUCAUCAUCAUCAACUUCAGAAUUGAAAAUUCCACAAACCCAUCAUUAUGCUCAACCAUCUCAAUAUGUUAGAGAGCAAAAAUCAGAAGAUGGUUAUAAUUGGAGAAAGUAUGGACAAAAACAAGUGAAAGGGAGUGAAAAUCCAAGGAGUUAUUACAAGUGUACUAGUGUUAAUUGUCCUAUGAAGAAGAAAGUUGAGAGAUCUUUAGAUGGACAGAUUACUGAGAUUGUUUAUAGAGGAAAUCACAACCAUCCAAAACCUCAAUCCACUAGAAGAUCAUCAUCUUCUCAUAAUAUUAUUAUUAAUCCCACAAAUUCAGACCAUUCUGUCCAGAACUUAGGAUUACAUGAGGAUUGUUCCUCAGAUUCAAUUGGAGAAGAGGGUUUUGAUCGAAAUUCGCCUUCCUUUAACUUGGUUGAAGAUAAUGAGGACAAUGAGCCUGAAGCUAAGAGAUGGAAAGGAGAGAAUGAAAAUGAGGUUUUUUCAGCUUCUGGGAAUAGAACUGUGAAAGAGCCUAGAGUUGUUGUUCAAACAACUAGUGAGAUUGAUAUAUUGGAUGAUGGUUAUAGAUGGAGAAAAUAUGGUCAAAAAGUAGUCAAAGGAAAUCCAAACCCGAGGAGCUACUACAAGUGCACCUCACCCGGUUGUCCGGUGAGAAAACACGUGGAGCGAGCAUCGCACGACAUGAGGGCGGUAAUCACUACUUACGAAGGGAAACACAACCAUGAUGUCCCUGCAGCUCGGGGGAGCAGCAGCUACGCGAUGAACAGGCCCGCCAUCUCAAACGACGUCGUUACUACAAUGCCACACAGGCCAAUGCCUUUGGUCAAUAACAACAGCAACAACAACAACAACAACGCUACUACUAACCCCUCGAAUUACGCGACCUCUGUUCCCAACGCAAGGUUACCAAACUCGGUAACAAACCAAACUCCAUACACCCUGCAAAUGCUGCAGCAUGGCUCGGGGAGUUUUGGACUUUCAGGCGGGUUUGGAAAAUCAAACCCGCCUGCUGGUGUGUACGCUUCAAGGCCCGAGCCUCAAAGCGUUUUCUUUAAGAGCAAGGAAGAUAGGAACAUAAUUAUCAAAGAGCAAAAGGAUGAUUCAACAUUCUUUGAUACAUUUUUAGGUUAGAAUGAUUUGUAGUCAUAGGUGACACGCUUGAUCAAAUUUAGGAAAAAAAAAAAAGAACAAAAUUACAUGGAAAAUUUCGAUGUAUAGCUCUAAUAGGCCAGUGUUGUUGUAUUCAUAUAGGAUUAUAGUGAUUACUUACAUAGAGUUUGUUAUAGAUAUAUUUGUUUAUUCAUUGUAGAGCUUUUGUUUUGUUUUUUUUCAACUUAGAAAAAAAUAAUAAUAACAUUGCUGUCUGAAAGUCAAGUUCCAUUUGUUUUGUAGUAGUUUUCACAAAAUAAAUUAAAGAUUGCCAUUUUCGAAA